AGAGUAGCUAACUAGAGCAUAGAUCACUAGGAUCUUUGAUAUCUUGAAUUAUCUGUUUGAACUAGUGUCUCCUUGGAGAAGAGCUAACCGCCCUCCUUGAGAUUUAGUGUUCAUUAUCGGCUCGCGCCUAGGCAUAUCUAGAAGCCGUCGAUCGAUAUCCCGACAGGUGAAUCGAUCGCCGAGCGAAAGGUGUAUCGCUCGAUAUCUCUAAAGGAUAUCGAUCGACUAUUUUUCUGUGUCAACGUACGACAGUUGAUGCCAGAGAUCUAGAUUAUUUAACCAGUGAGACAUCACUGAGAGUUAAGCGGCUGAGUUCUAUAGUAUCAUGCAAGCAACUUGUUAAGCAUUUAUAGAUAUUAUAAUCUCCAUUCCUGAAUAAAAUCCCUAAGUCUAGCACUCUUCAUUAUCAUUUAAACAACAAUCAUAUUGUUAGUUAGAGCAACUACCUUGCUCAUUUUAGGAAUUGUUAUUUACACUUCAUCAUUAAAACCAACUUCACCUAGGAUUGAUUAAUUGAUUAGAUUUAAUUGGUUAUCUAGCUCCUCGUAAUCCGAUUCCUAAGUACUACAGCUGAACCUCUUAUUUGAGAGAGUAAGUUUUACAGGGUAAUUUGAGCACUAUCAGUUCUUCAUACACAUUUGUAUUUUAAGAAUUGUACAACCAUAAUAAUAUCCCCAUGAACAUAUUUUUCAAUAUCCAUAUGUACAUUGCUUAAGCGUCGUACACAUGUACACUAAUAAGAGUAACUAGUUCACUUCACUCACUAAAAAACAUUUUUUUUUGUCUUUUUCAUCUAAAAAACCAAGCCUUACAAUGUCUAGAACUUAUUUUAAUGUGAGUUUCUUCUAAUGUUAACACAUUCAAGACUUUGUUUACACAAUGUACACAAAGACUUUCUCCUCUUCAUAUAUAUACGAACACAUGUACACUACAUAGAUAAAAUGCAUUUGUACACAUGUACACUACAUAGAUAAAAUGCACAUGUAUAAGAAAAUGUGUACACAUGUACAUCCGAAAGAUAAUGUACAAUAUUUUUUACAGAGUGGCAAUUUUGUCGAUUGAGUAUUGUGUGAUUCUUCUUCGAUUGAGUAUUGGAAUCCAUAUAUGUUAGGGUAUUUUUGUGUAGGAUCGUUUAAGUGCUACGGAACGCUAGAAGAUUCGUAUGACAGAUUAGAAAUCGAGGGCAAAGAGAUGUUAUUGAGUAUAAUGAUUGGGACUACAACGUAUUGGUGUAUAAACCCUAGUUCUAGUCGCCUAAACUCUAAUCUCUUAACCUCCGAAAGUCGAUCCCUCAUUCUAGGGUUUGGGUUCCCCUUUUAUAGUUGUAGAUGUCGGUUUCAAGUAAUAGAACACUUCCAUAAUCGGAUAAAUGGAAGUUUCCCUUUAGGUAGAAAACUUCUAUAUCGCUCCAAGGGGUCGGUCCGAUCUAAGGGUCGGACCCAAGGCAGGGGUCGAUCCUUGGUAUCUUCUUGAGCAAGGGUCUGGAAGUCGAGGACCUAUCCGGAAACUGGAGAAAACUUAUAUCUGGAUAUUUUUCCCCAACAUUUUGCCCCUUAUUCCUUGAUUUGCUUGUGGAAAUCAAGGGAUAACAUGUACUUCCCGAGCCUUCGUAAUUUUCUCUUGGGUACCUUAUCUUCUCGCAGUGGGUCAGACCGGGACCCUUGAUGAAAUGAUAUACUGAUUUCACGAGGCUCUGAAAGUCGUAUCUUCUUAGAGCGUAUAGGUCCAUGCCUCGACUUGUUCUCAAGUGAAGAGAAGAGAUGGAGUAUUCCCUUCUUGAAGAAUCAAGGGGUACGAGACUUGCUUUUUGAACUUGAUCGAAUGAAGUGGGCUUCGCUAAUAGGCCCAGAGACGGUUGAGUUUCUCCGUUUGGCGCCCAUUUGGUCGCGUGGCGAUUUGCACGAGGCGCGUGUCUGCCACCUUAGGGUUUUCUCCUUCUUUCUUUCAUUUGAUCGAGACCUAAGUCUUUUUUCUUCUCAUUUCUUCUCUACUCUCCUCAAGAUUCUCUCUCUCGGCGGCUCCCUUUCUUGAAGAUUUCCUCUCGUUCAGGUAGCCGUCUUCUUCCCUUCUCUCUUUUCUUCUCUUAUAUUAGAUCGAUAAUGUCCGACGGUUCCCCUAGCAAAACCCUAGAAUCCCCGUAGCUAGUAGAGAUAGAUCUGAAACCCUAGGCUCGGUGAACUCUUCCUCUCAGUCCCCCCCAACCCAUAGCUGACGCGGAGGGUCCUUAUCUCGAUGUCAUGGAGUACGUUCCUUCCGGCGAUGAAGCCGAAGAGUCUUUGUUGGUGGGUCCGGUUUCCAGAAUCGGAAAGAGAGAUGUUGAAGAGUGGAGGAGGAAGUACGAUCUUCCCCAGGACCUGGAUAUCCGAAAACUCUUGGAGCAUUCCUUCUCUGAUCGCAAAACUCUUGGAGCAUUUGGAAAUCUCUCCAGGCCAGCUAACUCCUCCAGCUUGGAGGACCUUGAUCGCGAUACAAAACCUCGGCGAUUUAGAGCGCUUGGUGAUAGGAGUGAACGUGGUGCUCUAUUCGUACUAUGUUGCUGAUUUGCCCGGAUCAAAGGGAAAGUAUUACCUCCACCCUCGUAGUAGCCAAGCUCUGGUUCGAGAGAUCGAGAAAGGCGCAAGGAAGCGUCAUCCAGUCUUUAGCAGUAGAUGGGCAGAGAGAUUUGCCUUCGUAACCCUCCCCGAGUUUUCUCCUAUUUGGCAUGUAGUGGAGGUGUCUCGCAAGCCUGUGCCUGAAGGGAAAGAAGUUGCUGAUCAGGUCCUUGACCUUCCUCCAUCGCAUCGUCAAACCACCUUUCUCACCAGCAAAGAAGUCUUAAGGCAGUGUAGCAUUUGGGGUAAUAUGUCGGGAUCCACAGGAUAAAAAGCUAUGGAGGCGUUCAUGCAGACCGCGGGGAAGCUCUCAGCCAAAAAGCCUGCUGCUAAGGCCACUACCUCGGGUGAUGAUGAUGUCCAAAUCCUCAAGAGUACCAAGCGCAAGGGACCUACUAGCUCAGCCCCUUCUGCCUCAAGGAGAAGAUCUCGGGCCUUGGGAUCGACUCUGAAAUCCUCGACCCCAGAGCCUUCUCUUAACCCUUGUGUGGACCUAGCCAAGGUGGUAGCUGAUCUCUCUUCCUCCACGUUUCCAGGGAGUGCCUGCUUUCUUCCUUAUGGGGAUCUCCCAAAGGCUUUUGAGAGUGUUCAGUUUGAUCUCCUCCAGGUUAUGUCUCAGAUUCACCACAUUGAGGACAUGGUGAACGAGCAGUCAUCCAAGAAGGAGCUGGAGAGCGUGAAUGCUCAGCUCAAGGAAGAGAAGAACAAAGUCCUGGUUCAGGGGAAGGAGAUCAAAUCCCUUCAGCUCAAGCUGAAGAACUCGAAGGAGGCUGAGACUGCUACUGCUGCGGAGAACACCGCUCUGACGCGUCAACUGGAGGAGACCCAGGAGGAGCUAUGUGGGCUGAAGCUGGAGAAGGAGUCCUUUGAGGACGAAAGGAUGAUGGCGGUGAGUGGGGCCAAGGUGACUGCUCGCUGGGAGCUGAUGAGGGAAUGGCUUAAGGAGCAGACCGACAAAUGGGAGUUGGUUGUGGAGUUCCAGCGAUACAAGCUGGUGAAAGAAGCCGAGGCUAAGCUGCGGGGACUGCCUCCUCCUUCGUUUGAUGAUGAGCCACCUCUUCCCGAAGCGGCUGCUGCCAAGGAGACUUCCCCUGCUCCAUCUGAGGGCGCGGGUGCUUCUCCAACUGCCUAAUCUCCCUAUCUCUCGAACUCUUGAUCUUUUAAGCCCUUCGGGCUUUUGUUGUUGUUUUUACCCUUCGGGGUUUUAUUUUUUAAACCUCAGGCCCUCGUGCCUUAAGACUUUUUAAGUACUGACCCUCGGAGGUCUUAACUUUAAUCUAUUUAAGCCUCAGCUUUUAUCUUUGA